AUGGAGCAUGAUGAGGCACCUCGUCCUGGGUCUCCACGCAGCGUGAUUGACCCUGGGCCUUCAGACAAGACUCUCCUAACUUUACAGGAGAAACAUAUAUCCACACAUGUGUGGAACACCUGUGAGGAUCCGAAUGUCCCGGAUCGUGUGAUUAAUGUGCGACAUGCUGCGACACAUGAUCACCGUGCCAUUCCUGAAGAGAUUGAGCCAUGGCUGAGGCUGGCUGGCUUCUACCAUGUUGCGCGCCUGCGCAAUCAUGAGAUAGACCAUUCACUUGUUUCUGCGCUUGUCGAGCGAUGGCGCCCAGAGACACGGACAUUUCAUAUGCGGAUGGGCGAGGUCACCGUUACCUUGGAGGAUGUGCAUCAUCUACUAGGAUUGCCCACUGAUGGUGAGGUUGUGUCCGGGCGCCAUGGACGACAUCCAUUUAAUCAGUUAGUCAAUGACUACUUAGGCGUAAAUCCACAGGCUGGUAGGGAUUUGUCUGGAGGUUUGCUGGGUCUCCACUUCCUACGGCAGAAGUUUCGGGAUUAUGCACGCCACGCAAACACUAAGCGGUGUGGAACCUACAGUUGGGGCUCUGCAGUUCUCGCCGUAUUAUAUAAGGAACUGUGCAAAGUCACUGACAGGAGACGUUCUGAAAUGGGUGGAUGUGCACUCUUAUUGCAAUUAUGGGCGUGGACCAGAUUCCCGCCUAUCUCUCCUGGAAUACCUGAAGUCACUGAUGUACAUGCUGCUUAUGGACACAGGUUUAACAGUUAUGAUGUGCGGCAGACUGUGUGCACACACAUUCGCAGGUACCGGCAUCGUCUGGACGUUAUGCGGAGACGUGAGUUUUGUUGGAGAUCGUACCUGGGUUUCGAAGGUCAUCCACCACCUUCUGACACCGCCCGUAGAUGGAUCUCUGUCUGUCCACUUAUUUGUUACCAGGUCGUUGUCUAUCAGCAGCCCGAUUGA